AUGGUUAUCAAUGUCAUUGAAUCAGUGCGCCCUAUUGGUCAACGUUGGCUCCGUCUCGACCUCUCCUCGUCGACUGAACUGAUGCGCAUCUCAUCCAUUCCAGGACCAUCCGUUGGCUGCGGGAACAAGACCACUUCUUCCCUUGCCCUGACAACAAAAGCCGCCACCUCGGAGGUUUACCUCUACUGUGCACCCGAUGAAGCGGCUCGUCAGCUCUGGUUGACCUCCUUGCGCACUGUCAUUCACGCCGAAAACUUACGCCGGCAGGUCGGAUACCACAGCAGUCGGCACCAUCAUCUCCUCCACCCGACGUCAUUGGCGGUCACGAAUGCUUCUCUGCCGGUGCAUUAUCAAUCCCUAUACAGUCUAUAUGGGUCACUUAGUGAGCCGACUAGUGAAAGGAAUAGCGUUAAACACUAUGGCCCGCUUGACCGACCGGUGGAGAGCAGCACUGAUACUGUUCGCAGUGCUCUUCAACGCAAAGUUCCUCACCUGCGUCUUGCUAUCCCUUUUUCUCCGGUUGGCAAUAGCUUCUUGAUCCUUUUUGCUGUUCUUGUUACAUCCCUGUUUGCUCCCAGAUUUGUCGGUAACUCUGCCUUCUUCCAAUUUCCUGUUCAUAAAUUUUUUUUCCUCAAGGAUGGAAUUUAA